GCUGGGUUUGGUCUGGCGAUCAUCGGCUCCCGUUUACACCAAAUCUUCUCCAAAAUAAACGGACAGUAUCGACUUUUAACCCAAACCGGAGGAUUUACCGACGUCUUCUCGGGCUCCACCUCGCUCCCGUUUCAACCUCAAACAGUCCGUGUUGAUUUUACACUCGCAUAUAAAUAUUUAAAAUCUCAUUCCUCCUGUUUUUUUCCCCUCCGCCGCUGAAGUGAUGUCUGUCGCGGGGUUGAAAAAGCAGUUCCAUAAAGCCACCCAGAAAGUCAGUGAGAAGGUUGGAGGCGCGGAAGGAACCAAGCUUGAUGAUGACUUUAAAGAAAUGGAGAAGAAGGUGGAUGUCACCAGCAGAGCAGUGUUGGACAUCAUGACCAAAACUACAGAGUACCUACAGCCUAACCCAGCAUCAAGAGCCAAGCUGAGUAUGAUUAAUACCAUGUCAAAGAUCCGUGGGCAGGAAAAGGGACCUGGUUACCCACAGGCUGAGACCGUCCUAGGAGACGCCAUGCUGAAGUUUGGACGGGAGUUAGGAGAGGAGUCCAGCUUUGGCUUGGCCCUCAUUGAUGCUGGUGAGGCAAUGAAAGAACUCGGGGAGGUCAAGGAUGCUCUGGACAUGGAGGUCAAACAGAACUUCAUUGACCCGCUGCAGAACCUUCAUGAUAAAGACCUCAAAGAGAUACAGCAUCACUUGAAGAAGAUGGAAGGCCGGCGUCUGGACUUUGACUACAAGAAGAAGCGUCAGGGAAAAGUCCAGGAUGAUGAAAUCAAACAGGCACUGGAGAAGUUUGAUGAGAGCAAAGAGAUUGCAGAGCAGAGCAUGUUUAACUUACUGGAGAGCGAUAUUGAGCAGGUGAGCCAGCUCUCAGCAUUGGUCCAAGCUCAGUUGGAAUACCACAGCCGUGCCUCUGAAAUCCUCCAACAGCUCUCCAGGAAGAUGGAGGACAGGAUAAAAGAAGUGUCCAGUAAACCAAGAAAGGAGUACGCUCCAAAACCAAGAAUGACCCUGGAGCUGUUACCUCCCAGCGAGAGCCACAAUGGAGGGAUACACUCUGCAAAAUCCCCGGGAAGAUCACCAGCUCCCAUGGACCAGCCAUGUUGCCGAGCACUCUACGACUUCGAGCCAGAGAAUGAAGGUGAGCUGGGCUUCAAAGAGGGUGAUGUUAUCACCCUGACCAAUCAGAUCGACGACAAUUGGUACGAGGGCAUGAUCAAUGGCCAGUCAGGCUUCUUCCCCAUCAAUUAUGUGGAUAUCCUGGUGCCGCUCCCUCAUUAGGUCCUGUCACCGACCUUGCCCUUCCCCUCAACCAAUCCAGACACCCUGAAAACAGCCUGUAUUUGCAUAAACAACAAACCACGCCCUCCUUCUACUUCUUCUUCUGUGCUUCUGUGCGAUUCUGCUUUCACAAAAUGGACUGCAACGAGAGGGAGGAGGUGGAGAUGGGAUGCAUAAGACAAGGCAGUAGGACAAUGAUUAGAGUAGAAGAAGAGAGGGGGAGGAGGAUUGUAGCGUGAGAGAUGCAUAAGCAAGGGACCGAAAGAGACAAGAAGACAAAGCAAUGGUGAUCUUUUACAGUGCAGUGCUCGGCCGGGCAACAACAAAUACCAGUGAGACUACGGAGACUUGCGAAUAAGGCACGGUGUAUAUGUACGUGCAUGUAUGUGUCUGUAUGUGUGUUUUGACCUGUUCUUACUCUAUUAUGAUCAAGCCAGCACAAAUUCCUGCUUGUCAGUUUAGCUGCCUGACAGCUUUUUUGUGAUACUGUGUUCUCUCUUACUUCUGUUCUUGCUGUCUUUCUCUUGAAGUACCUGUCUUUUCUACCUUAACUUGCCUUCUUGUGCUCUUCUUCAUACCUAGAUUUUUCAGCAACUGUCACAGUUUUACCAGCUGUCUGUCUUUGCUACUUUCUCUUGUCUUUUUUCUUCCUUCCUUUGGUAGCAAGGCUCCAUACUCUAGACAGUCCAUCAAAAUAACAAUCCAGAGCCACAGAUCCUUAGAUCUUAUGAUUUAGGUAUAUUUUAACCUCUUUCUAGCUCUUUUUGUAACACCCUCUGCCUUUGCCGAGACUGCAUAGCAUUUAAAUUCAGUGGCUGAAUGCAUGAACCAGCCAAAUCACAAAAGAAUUUGAGUCACAAUGCUGAAACAAGUUGAAAUAAGCUUGGUCUCACUUAAAAAAAAAAAAGAGGACAUUUAUCCGCUUGUUUCAAAGCCCAUUUAUCCUGUAAUGGGACUUUUAGGAGGGUUUUGAGGCUUGAGAGUCAGAAAACUCAUUCAACACAUCGCUAAGCAUGUCAGUUCAAGUGAUGAAAAGGAGAACUUAGCGUUAUCCAUUUUACCCAGCAGAACUGAUUUACCAUGACAGCUACCACAGGUUAGUUUUACUAAAGAGAACCUUUCACCUGCUUUUUACUUGAUAAAAAUUUGACUAAUCCAGUAUGCAUAGUGAGAAAGAAGCUUGUUUUUUUCCCUCUGUAUACUGUGCUUUCCUUGUACUCUGUGGAGUAGGUGCUUGCUGAUUCGUCUAAUUUGUGGUUUUUGCAUGCGUGACUAUGUAUGACUAGAUAUCUAAAAUUACUGUUUUAAAAAAGUUUUACAUUUUCAAUAACAAAUGCUCAGAACCAUGUUUCAUUAAGUUUGGUUGGUGAUCACUGCCUUGAAAAAAGGCAUGUUAGUAGGAUAUGUAGUAGCUGACAAACAGUCACAACAACUACCAACCAUCUGUCUGAGAAGUAUCAGUAAAGUCUACACUUUAAUAUUAAGAGCGUUGUUAGGGACCAGAAUUUCCUGCAUGAGCCUAGUUCCCACUGAACAAAGUUUCUGAAAAACCUUGGUGAAUACUUCUGAAUCUUUCCAACUUUAUAGUUGUUUAGCAAUGGAAAAUUUCUAGUAUUUUGGUAAAAGUCUCUAACGCUGGUUGGUAAGCUUUAUUUAUAUUAAAACAGUAAAGCAAGAUCAGGGCAUUAUACCACCACGAAACCUGCUGUAAUGCUAAUGCUACAUUCCAGACUCACAUUGUUUAUGACAAAACCCUAAUAGCUCAAACUGCUUUCUGGGGAGAAUAUGCUGUAUUUUUGCCUGGUCUUGACAUUAAGUUUUUGCCUAUUCAAGCAGUGGUUAACAGCAGUUGACUGGGCCUACAAAGGUCAGUCCAGCUAAGAUGCACCAUAUCCACAACAAUUGGAAGGCAUGCACUAAACCGUCUUCAUGGAAAAAUACCUAUAUUUUAAAGCUGUGUACACAGUGAAACUGAUUCACAGCAAUGUGUUAAACAGAGGCCACAGAAAGUGAAUGGCGUUCAGCAACAUUAACCAGCUACAUGCAAAAUAACUGCUGCCGUCGAGAAGUGGGUGAGAUCCGAGAUAAGAUUUUCUCAAGUUCCAGGUGAGCAGUUGAAGAGACUACCAAUGAGGGUAAAAACAUACCCACGAUUGGCAUAUGACCUGGUAGUAAAUACAUUAGAGGGCCAUCUAGGCAACCAGAGCCUGGAAUGUCCACUAGCUGUCAGCUUCAAAGCUAUGUGCAACGAGCAAACUGCUUUCAAUGUGUACGCAGCUUAAGACAUCCAGUGUUUUUCAGCCUGCACUAAAUUUCUAGAAUCUUGUCUGCCUUCUUACCCGUACAAUUAUCUGGAUACAUUAGAUCAGGGGUGUCCAAACUUGCGGCCGGCACCCCUGCAUUAGAUCAUUCCAGAAUGUUUUUAAUGUUAUGAAUCAUUGCACUGAAUUCAAUAUUUUUUUUAAAGUCUACAACCUUGAUGACAUUGUUAGUACUUCUGGACCUGGAGUGUCGUCAUACUCUCAGGCAUAAUUACAUCAUCAUAAUUAUCUUAAAUUAAACCUUUCAGAAAUAUCAUUCUAGUUUUCUCUCAAACCUAAGACACUAACACGAGUUUUGUAACAUUAUCACUCUCACUUUCACAAGGGUGAAAAUCACCUGAUGUUAGCAUUCUGGAGUUAAACGGUUGUUAAGACAGUUAGUAAGAACUCAGUAUUGGUGGUCAUUAUUAGCCAUGGUAGCUUUCUGCCUUGAGCAUCUUUGCAGCAUCUAGCAGGGCUGCUACAAUGGCUAUUAUAACAAAACGCUAUUUACUGUUGUGUGAGUUCCUGGGCAGAUCAGCAGUAUUGUUUAAAACAGUAUAAAGGAGUCUACUUUGACAAACAAUGUAUGAAAAGGGUCAAUAUUAUUUAUUGUUAAAGGCUCUUUGAUAAUCUGUAAUGUUAGACUAAACAGAAAGUGACAAAACUAAUUUUGAAGGGAAGUGGAAACCACAAGUUUAUAGAAAACCAUUAGUGGAAUCAGGUGAGAGCAGGAAAAUAUUUUUAAAUAUCAUACUGAUAUAUAUGUUUGAAAUUUUAGUGGUUUUGCAUACAGCUGUAUUAACUUUUUAAGAUUCGGACUCACAAUUUGAUGAUUCACUUUAAAUAAUGGGAAAAAGAUUCUAGCAAUUUUAACAGCUCUCUUGAAAUUGGGUAACAAGACUGGAAGCCUACAAUUAUAUGCAUUAUUUGUUCAAAUGGGCACCCAGCUAUGAUUCUGGGUUUUUAUUGGAUCAACUGUUUAAAGCAAAUGAUAACACACAGGCCAUCUCUGCUUUGAAUUUUACCUGUCAUUCACCAAUCAAACAUGUUUUAAAAGUUAUAUUUAUUGCAUAGAUUUUAAUAAUAAUAAUAAUAAUAAUAAAAGCUUAGGGUUUUUCUAUCCAAACAUUAUUUAUAAACCAGCAGGAAUCUGUGCUAGCAUGGCUAAUGCUAAUGUGCCAGAUGUGGCUAACCGGCUAGCCUUUCACUUCACAUUCCUGUACUUGUGCUUUGGUGAUGCAGUGGUGAGCAGAAUAUGUCAAAGUAGUGCCUGAAUACUGAAUACCUCAUCUUAAAUGUAACACAUAGGCUAAUAUUAAAAACAGAGAAAUGUUACAUAUUCAGAAUUUAUCUAUAAUAUGCUGCCAAAAGAGCAGCCGUGAUUUUAAAACAGGUUAUAUCAGGGGUGCCCGAACACCCAGCCCAUGGGCUGCUUCCGGCCCUGUUCCUACCUCCAGUCCGU